AUGAACCCUCAUCUGAAAAACAAGGUCGAUGUCAAGUCGCUGUCUCCCGAGGAGCAACGCCUCUUCCGGUUAUACGGCAAAUUGCCGUCCCGUUCGGACCACUUCGCCAAACACUUGAAGGAGCGCAAAUACUUUGAUUCCGGAGACUAUGCCAUGUCCAAGGCUGGCAAGGGCGACGGCGUUGACGCUGGGGCUGUCGGUUCGCAACACCCUGUCCCCGAGAACAUCCCCCAUCUUUCGUCGCCCGUCAACAAUGGAACGACUGUGCCGAAGCACGGGCACCACGGCUCCAUCGCCGGGAUCCAAGCAGGCAGCCCCGUCAAGGAGAGCAGCAUUCUUCACCGUGAGACGAGCGCCACCGAGGAGGUAGGCAAUCAUCCAGCCGACGCCGUGAAUCCUGGUGCAGACAAUGAUGACUCUGGGGCCACUUCACCACCGCCACAAUCCAACGACGGCAUUCCCAUUCGGCGAUAG